GAGAUGCAUCAGGACAUUUCUUCCCAUACUUUUAUUUUGAAAGCAACGAACAGGAACCUGGAUCCUGCCGGGCCGGACGCUCAUGCUAGUGCCAGCUGUCCGCUGACUGAUGCCAGUCCCGCACGCGCGCUGAUCGUGGCUCGUUGCGGAUGUUGAGCAGGAYUGGAGCUCGGCAGGGAUUAUCUUCAGCUCCACAGCCCUGCUUUGUUUCCUCUCCUCUCCUCGACGCUCCACGGCAGGUUCUGGUACCACGGUUCAGUCCCGGGUUACUGCUUUUAUUUCUGGAGAGGAGAGGGAUGAAAGAGGCCCGCCGACUCGCUGCAACAGGUGGAAGAUGAGGAGAAUAUUGUAAUUGUGAAGCAGUGUGAGCGGAGCAGGAGCAGGAGGAGGAGGAGCAGGAGCAGGAGGAGGAGGAGGCUGGUUCAUCGGCAGUCUGGAUGCGACAGGAGGGAGACCCGCCAACAUGAUGCCGAUGUUCCUCACAGUUUACCUGAGCAACAAUGAUCAGCACGUCAGCGAGGUCCCCAUCAUGCCAGAGACCAUGUGCAGAGACGUCCUGGAUCUGUGCAAGGAGCCUGGUGAGGUCGACUGCUGCUUGGCUGAGCUGUGGAGAGGGACAGAGCGUGUAGUGGAAGAAGAKGAGCGAAUGCUGGAGGUGCUGCAGCGAUGGGGGCAGCAGAGGGGGGAGGUGCGUUACAUUCUGCACCACUUCAGAGCUCCUGGGCGGGACUCAGAUGGGUUCAGAGCUGCAGAUCAGAAGAUGAAAAGGAAGCAAGCAAAGACCACUGUGGAGAGAUCUCUAGAAGAUGGGGUCUCAGCUCCGUGUCUGGACGUGACUCUGAGCGAGCUGCAGGAUCUGGCCUCCCGACAGCAUCAGCAGAUCAGUGCCCAGCAGCACCUGCUGGCCUCCAAGGAGCAGCAGCUGCGUUACCUGCAGCUGCAGACACAGCAGCAACAUCAGGAGGUGUCUGAACAGGAGCGACUGCGGCAGCUUCAGGAAAACGCACACAACCAGGAGGCCAAACUGAGGCGUGUCCGGGCCCUCAGGGGCCAGGUGGAGCAGAAACGCCUCAGCAACAGCAAACUAGUGGAGGAGAUCGAGCAGAUGACCAGCCUGUUCCACCAGAAGCAGAGGGAGCUGCUGAUGGCUGCAGCCAGGGUGGAGGAACUGAGCGAGCAGCUGCAGGCCCUGAGGAGCAGCAGGUUCCAGCCUCCUCUUCCUCCRCAGCAACACAACACCUCCUCCACAGCUGAGCUGGAGCGCCUCUACAGAGAGCUGCAGCUGAGGAACAGGCUGAACCAGGAUCAGAGUAGCAGGCUGCAGCAGCAGAAAGACUGCCUGAACAAGACCAACAUGGAGGUUGCUGUGAUGGACCGGCGCCUGGCUGAGCUCCGACAGCGCCUUUGGAAAAAGAAGGCAGCUCUGCAGCAGAAAGAGAAUCUGCCUGUGAGUUCAGACAGCGCCCCCUCGCAGCAUGGAGUCAGCUCCAGAGUGGCAGCAGUGGGGCCAUACAUCCAGUCAUCCCCCACACCAGGACCAGCACAGGACCGUCAGGACAUGCUGGUGAAGCCAGCAUACCCAGAUGGUACCGCCACAUUGCCCAUGAAGCCCCCACCCAGACCAGCCAAAACAUCUUCAGGUUUCAACACCUCAAAACUCAGUCAAAUCUCUGACUGGAGCAGUUUGUAUCCAGAGUCCAGCGGGGGUUCCUGCCAUGCCUCCAACCGUUUUUGUGUGUCCAACCUCAGCUGCCAUAGUUCAGGUGGUGAGACCCUGAAAGACCAGAGAAGCCUUUCUGAGUUGGACCUCCCACCUCCCCUCCCCUCACGAACCAGUCACACCCCUGAAAACCUGCUCAAGGAUAACCAGGCCUCAAGUAAAAGUCUGUCUAAAAUCGGGAUGCCACCUCCWGUUCCCAGUAAGACUAAAUCAACCUUGUCCAAGCCGUCAUACAACACAGGGACCUUCCCUGGUAAGGUUAGGCCUGUUGGUGGUCACCUGAAGGCUCCCAGAGUCCUGUCCAUCCACAGCAACACCCUCCCUUUGCCCAGCAAACAGGAGUGCCCCCCAGCUGCUACUGUGCGUCCAUACACCCCUGACCUGUCCGAUGGCCCAGCUGCUGUGCUACAGAAGCCUCAGUCUCUGGCAGCUUCAUCCAUCUACUCCAUGUACACCCAACAAUUUGCUCCUGGAAAGGGGUAUCAACCAGGCCAGGGUACACUACCCCGCAACAAGCCACCAGUUUAUGGGAAACCAGUCCCAACCAGUGGGGGGCAGCAAACUGCUGUUUCAGACAACAACGCCAUGAGUUUUGGAUUUUGUGGGUCUGACAAAAACGAAGCUGAAAACAGUGUGCCAAGUACAGGAGAAAGUGUUGGAGGUGACACGACAGAACGUGCAAACCCUCGGCCUCUAAGCCCCACCAAGCUCCUCCCCUUCCUGUCCAACCCGCACAAGAACCCCAAUGAUGCUGAGCUUGAUGCUGUUCGCCGCCGGCUGCACCCUGUUCCUCGACCUCUGAAGAAACGCAGCUCUAUCACAGAGCCCGAAGGCCCGUCUGGACCCAACAUCCUGAAACUGCUCUACCAAAAGACCACGCUGGCUGCAAUGGAAACCAUCCCCAUGGAGGCUGUCAGUGCAGCAGGGACACAUGUCCCUGAGGAUGGAUCAGGUGGGACAGAUGCAUUUUCCAAAAACGGCUUAACGCAGCAAUCAUCUGAAAGCCCCAAUGGCAGCAAACCUCCACCUCCACUCCCCCCGCGAGUGCCUAUAACUGAUCCCAGCUGCUCCCUGCCUCCUCCACUGGAGGAAAAGGAAGAGAAACAGGAAUCUACUGUAGCUCACCAGGACCACUUUCUAGAGGAGUUCCCACCCUAUCCACCUCCACCCUACCCCAGUACUGGUGAGAUAAAGCAGGGGGAUGAGACCCUCAGUUUACAACCCCCAGAGAUCACAGGACAGGUCUCAGUGCCACCUGGCAAACGUUCAAUUCUCCGUAAAACUGGCAUAGACCGGAAUGACCACYGUAUGAGGGUCCAGUUCAGUCCUCUGGCCCUGCUUCUGGACUCGUCUCUGGAGGGCGAGUAUGAUCUUGUCCAAAGAGUCAUCUACGAU